UGGAGAAAGAUGGAGACCUGAUAAUUGGGGGUGUAUUUUCCUUCCACACCGGACAAGAUGGCUACACAGAUUCCUUUACAAAAAUGCCAGAAAUACGUCCAUGCAAAGAGUAUGUAUGUGUUAGUACCAUGGUUUAAUUUUCUCUCUCUUUUUAUUUUAUUUGUUUUAUACAUUUAUUGUUAUUGUGCUGAAUCCUCUUCAGUAAAAAUACAGCAUGCCUGACUAAAAUUUCAUAAAGUUUCAGUUUCAGGGAAUUCAAGUUUGCUCACACAAUGAUGUUUGCAAUAGAUGAAAUAAACAGGGACACAGACAUUCUCCCUGGAAUUAAACUGGGCUUCAAAAUUUACAAUGACUGUGGAUCCACAGACAUACUAAUGGCUGUGAUGACAUUAGUAAAUGGUCUAGAUCAGUCAGAAACAGGAGCAAACUGCACUAAACCUCCAACAGUCCAAGCCAUUAUUGGACAUUCUGGAUCAACACCAACCAUGAGCUUUGCGAAGAUUGUUGGAAGAUUUCAUAUACCAGUGAUUAGUCAUUUUGCAACAUGUGCUUGUUUGAGCAACAGAAAGGAGUACCCCUCCUUUUUCACUAUUCCCAGCGAUUACUAUCAAAGCAGAGCACUGGCCCAGCUGGUCAGACAUUUUGGCUGGAUGUGGGUGGGGGCAUUAAGCAAUAAAAAUGAUUAUGGAAUAAAUGGAAUAACCACUUUUAUUAACGCUGCUAAUGAGGAAGGAGUGUGUAUUGAAUACUCAGAAGCCUUUGAAAGUACCAGUCCAUACCAUGAAAUAAUUAGAAUUGUGAAUAUUAUCAGAACCUCCACAUCUAAGGUAAUAAUGGCUAUGUCGCACAGAGAGAUCAGGAUACUGGUGCAUGAGUUAUACAGGCAGAACAUUACAGGACUGCAGUGGAUCGGAAGUGAUGCCUGGAUCACAGAUGACUCUCUAGCUGAUAUCAACGGUUACACUUUGCUCAUUGGAUCUAUAGGAUUCACUGUCCGCAAUGCACAAAUACCUGGACUAGACCUUUUUCUACAGGAAGUUAACCCCUCUCAAUUUCCUAAGAGCAUAUUUCUCAAAGACUUUUGGGAGCAUGUCUUUGACUGUUCUUUGAAUCCAAGUGAAAUAAGAAAGGCAUGUAAUGGCUCUGAGAACUUGAGGGAUGUGCAAAACUCUUUCACUGACUUGACUGACUUAAGGUUCUCAAAUAAUAUAUAUAAAGCUGUUUAUGCAGUAGCUCAUGCAAUUAAUAAUCUUCUCUCGUGUGAUCAAAACAAAAGCUUCAAUUCUAAUUCCUCCUGUCUAAAACUUGUUGAAAUAAAGCCUUGGCAGGUGAGACAUUCCUUGCAAUCUAUAAAUUUCACCACACCUGGGGGUGAAAAUGUCUUUUUUGAUAACAACGGAGACUCACCAGCAAGAUAUGAGCUGAUCAAUCUACAAAGUGUUAAUAAAGGCAAAAUGAAGGUGGAAACUAUUGGCUAUUACGAUGCCUCUUUUCCUAAAGGUCAGCGGUUCUCCAUGAAUAAUGUUCAGGUAGUCUGGAGAGAAGGAAGACAUCUGGUGCCUGUGUCCAAAUGCAGUGAGAGCUGUCCCCCAGGAACCAGGAAAGCUGUACAGAAAGGAAAACCUGUCUGCUGUUAUGAUUGUAUACUAUGCCCUCCAGGAGAGAUUAGUAACAGCACAGGUACAUAAUUAUU